UGCCUCCCCUCCGUGAGGAAGGGCUCAAAGCUAAGUCUAAAACAGAUUGACAAGGCCUAUCGUGAUCAAUCCCGGAGCGCCACCCCGACAAAGCGGCCCAAUGACCCAGACGCCACUGCUGACUUCCAACGCCUCACCACCUCCUAUGAAAUCCUCCGGGAUGUCUCCUCACGUGCAGUUUUUGAUGCGCACCUUCGAUCUAUCAGGGAGAAAGCCUUCCGUGCCUCACUUUUUGAUGGCAAGCGCCGGAAGCUAGCCUCUGACCUCGAGGAGCGGGAGCGUGCUGCUGCUGCACCGCAGUUUGACCCUGCCGAGCUUGCUGCUCGGAAGGAGAAGAUGGUUGCUGCUGAGCUGCAACAGGAGCUCGCUAGUAUUCCAGUCCCGCAAAGGCGAAGAAAGUCUCUUUGGGAGAGAGAUGGGAGGGAUUAUGAUUCUGUGCAGCUGACAAAGCUAUUUGAGAGAUUUGGAAUGGUUGAAGAUGUUGUGAUCAGGUCAAGGGGAUCCAAAAAGAAGGGCUCUGCUAUUGUUGUAAUGUCUUCCAAAGAUGCUGCAGUAGCUGCUACGCAAACUAUGAGUGGUGAUAUUUCAAAUCCUUUACUUGUUGUCCCUCUUCGAGCUUCUUCUAGUGCAUCAAAUGCUAGGCAUGCUGAACCAGUUGUUCCGAAACAUGAUGACAUAAUUGGUGCUGGUUUUCGAGAUUACGAAGAAUCUAUAUUGAAGAAACUUGAAAAGGCUAAAGAAAAGGAUGGAGCAACAUGACAUUGGGAUGGAAACACAUGGAUUUUUCUUUGUCAUUUUGCUUGAGAAAAUUGUCGUUCAUGUUUGAACUCGUGUUAUUUUAAUUGCGGGUUCAACAAAAAUUAAAUAGCAAAAUCAUUGAUGUAGCAAAAUGUCGUCACGAAUUACAAACUGCAGUAUAUAUGUAUAUAUACACACACAUAUUUCUUUACUAUGUGUAAGUGCGUAAAUGAUAUACGCUCAUUGAUCCAAGGAUUGGCGAGGCAUUUAUCCGAUUUAGAAUGUUUGAGA